AUGCUGAAGGGAAGAGCUGCCAACAGCAAAACCCCAAUCACUGGCAAGAGGACAUCGCUGGGCUCUCUAGGGGACAGUGAGAAGCUAGGUCCAAGUGGCACGGCAGGAAGCAGUGAGCACACAAUCAGUGAUCAAACAGGCUCGAGGCAGAAAUCACACCACACGGACAGUGACUACCUUGCAGAGUGCGCAGCCAUAGAUCUUCAUGAAGAAGUCGUGCAGGAUACCAGGGAGAUGAUGAUCAGGGCUCAGCACACUCAUCAGCUUCUCAAAGAACUGGCAAACACACCAAAGAAUACGCUGGAAAAGCUAGUCUCACUGGAACAGGACGGUGGUGCACACAGAAGUAGCUUGGCAACCAAGGAGGAGCCACCAGCACCAGAUACAGUCCUUGAGCCCAGUUCAGGAUGUCUUGGGAACCAACAGGAAGAAGAUGAAGCAAUGGACGAGGUGAUCCUGCCUGGAAACACAGGGGUGGCGAUGCACAAGUCACUAGAAGAGGAGCUGCGCAGGAGCAGUGACGGCGCAGGAGAGCAGAAGCCUUCAAGGGCACAAGGACCUGGGCCAAGGAUGUCUCAACCAGCCUCACCACCCACGCAGCAUGGUUCCCCAGUACAACAAAGCUGUGCGCUGAACAGAGAAGUACAGGAAGUAAGUGGAUUCCUAGGCUCGGGGGAUCUAGCCAGUGGAAAUGGACCACGGGAAGAGGUGGCCACAAGCAGAGCUCUAGACUUGAACUUCCUCACCCCCAUCACUGAGUGCAUGGGACGCAGAGUGGCUCUCAACGUGGGGAAGACUGCCUCUGGAAAAACCAAAGGUAGGACAUGCCCUAAUCCAAGUAAGAACAGGAGCGGCGUCACCACUAGGGCAGCGGCAGCAGCGAUGAGGGCAGCCACGGUUGUGGAGAUACCAAUAGGUUGUCAUGCACAAGAGUCAAGAGUGGAUCCAGAAGAAGAGAAGGGCUUGGAGACGCCAAAUGACCAAACGAGAGGGCACAAGGAAACGCUAGAGGCACACAGGACCGAGGCAAAGGAGCCGGUCCAGGGGGAAGAGGUGAGCCACUGCCUCACCAAGGCGUCAAGUGAAAGCCAGGGCCAGUCCAAGAGAGGGCCACUCAGCCAGAAGUUUUCCCACAGGUGCCUCUCGGAUCUGACCAACAAAGUGAAAACAUCUCUACCGGGCUCUCCGGUGAAGUCGGUAGGAUCUCGACUUAAGAGCAGGACGUCUCCCAGUCAUCAGCCUGACCGUGAGCCCCAGCUAUCGGUGUUGCAACAAUGUAUGCCACACCAGACAGAAGAAGGACUGCUGCAAUGGGAUCCCCGAACCUUUGCGAAGGCUUUGCGGGAGGCCACUCAGAACGAAGUUUACCUCCACCAAGACAUACUCACCGCUGAAGUAUGGCACCAGGAGACUCACCCCAAGGGAGAAGACCGAAAUCUUGGCCCCGCUCUCAGGGAAGCCCUCGAUCUCGCGACUGAGGCACUAGUCACACCAAAAGAACAAGAGUACACAAACAGCCAGGAGGCCCAACAAACUAAAGUGCAAGAGGAAGUUACAAGCACGUGGAAGGAACAAGAGGAGCAGGAAGUGGAACAACAAAGAGACCAAGACAAGGAGAUCCCGGAAGCUAGCAAAAAGGUGGAGAUGCAAAAGGAGGAAUCGAUUCUGGGGAAAAGAGCGAAGCCUCUGGCGCUACUGCUGGAAGAACAGGAGGAGGAGAUGAAGCGAAUGGGACAGGAGAGGGAAAGAGAGGCCAAAAAGAACAGGAUGGAGAAAAAGAAAGAACGCAAGGUGGCGCGUAGGAAGUUAAAGACCCAAAGUAGUUCAAAGGAGGCCCUCGCGUGGGAAAAAGAGGUGGAGGAGUUCCUCCACGAGGAGGAAACGUGUUCUGAGGAGGACCAAGAGCAGCAGAAGGGUAGCACAGCAAAAGAAAAAGCACAGGGAGCCUCGGCAGGACGUGGGUGGGAAAAGGUGGAGGACAAGUGUCGGACCACACCACACCAAGGCCCGGAGGACCCAGGGGAGCAAGGUGACUUGGGAGUUGAGCAAGAACAAGAAGGCUGCCCCGCACAAGGAAAGGUGGUAAAGGAAAUCCCGCACACAAAAGCCCCUAAGACGAAGCCUCACGCCGGAGAGUCAGGGAAACGUGCUGGAACAGCGCUAGAUGCCAAGGGGAUGGCAAAGGCAGUCAAGCUGGGCGAGGCUCUCAGCCAGGUGGUGGCGGCUAGGGAAGAAGAACUAUGA